AUGAAGGCCAUGGCCUGUAAUGGCACCAGUGGCGCUACGGGCGUUGACUCUCGCUGCCAGGUACUGGCCGAUCUCAACUCCAAGGUCCAGUAUGCCGAGACCGGUUAG